AUGGAACCCGAAAAGCCCGCACGUGCGGAAAACAGAGCCUCACUGCCUUCGUCGCUGCGGCACUCGCACUUUGCGCCCUCUGACCUUUCGGGCAAAACACUCUUAUCUUCUUUUGGCCCGCUAAAAAGCACCACGGAUUUUUCCCUGAACGGAUCCACCGAGAGCUUCAGCGAUGGGGAAAAUGACCCUGUGCGGCUUACCGCACGGAAUAACGGCGGUGGCCGUACUCUAGGCGAUCCCGAAUCCGAUGACGACUUUGCCGAUUGGGAAUCGGAAAACCAACACACUCGGCUCCGGAAGCUGGCGCAAAACGAGCGCAGAGACAACUUUGGCAACUCCUACUCGCACGUGGACUUUGAUGCCCGCACCUACUUGUCGCGGCUCCGGUUCAAGGGCCAGAAGCUUGUCUACUUUACAUCAGCAUUUGUGUCUCUCUUCGUGUCGCUUUUCGGCUACGAGCAGGGCGUUUGUCUGGGCGUGUUGACGUUUGUAACGUUCAACAAGUAUUUCCACGAGCCAUCGGCGACACAGGUGGGACUUGUGAUUUCGAUUCUCGAGAUUGGAGCCAUGAUCUCGUCGCUUAUGGUUUCGCGGCUUCUGGACGCGGUGGGACGCAAAAGAUCCAUCUUGCUAGGCACGGCCAUCUUCAUUCUUGGCGGCUCGCUCCAGCUGUUUGCACCAAACUUAUGGGUUUUCGGCGUGGGCCGCGUUUUCAGUGGUUUUGGCGUCGGUAUCUUAUCAACCAUGGUUCCUCUGUACCAAUGCGAGAUUCUGCCGGUCGAGGAGCGGGGAAAGCUCGUCUGUGGCGAGUUCACUGGAAACAUUGCCGGCUACUUUUUGAGUGUGUGGGUGGAUUAUUUCUGCUACUUUAUCCAGAACAUCGGCGACGCUCGAGAAAAUCCCCAUCUGUUCACGGCCAACUUAUCGUGGCGGCUCCCAUUGUUUAUCCAAGUAGCACUUGGGGCCAUCCUUUUUGUUGGCGGCUUUUUCAUUGUCGAGAGUCCGCGCUGGCUCUUGGACGUAGACAAUGAUCAACAGGGCUUCCACGUUCUUUGCUUAUUGUACGCUGACCAUCCGCAACACGAUAAGCCGGAAACGGAGUUUUUCCUCAUCAAAAACAGUAUUUUGGAGGAGCGGGUCAAGAUCCCGAAACGCGAGCGGUCCUGGCGCCACAUGCUUCGCCAUUACAGGCUCCGGGUGUUCAUUGCAUGUUCCGCCUUGGCGUUUGCCCAGUUCAAUGGCAUCAACAUCAUCUCGUACUACGCGCCAAUGGUUUUCGAGAAGGCAGGCUUCAACAAUUCCAAUGCACUCUUGAUGACGGGUGUCAAUGCCUUUGUGUAUUUGUUGAGCACGAUUCCUCCAUGGUUUUUGGUUGAUCGUUGGGGCAGAAAGCCCAUUUUGCUCAGUGGGGGUCUUUCCAUGGGAACAUGUCUUCUCCUCAUAGCGCUAGUCAUGUAUCUUGACACGCUGUCUACGCCGCUGCUUGUGGCCUUUUUGGUGAUUGUAUACAACGCUUCCUUUGGCUACAGUUGGGGCCCCAUUGGCUUCCUUAUUCCGCCUGAGGUGUACCCGUUGGCUGUCCGGUCGAAAGGUGUGUCGCUCUCGACAGCCACAAACUGGUUCGCUAACUAUGUCGUUGGCCAGCUCACCCCUAUACUCGAGGAUUCGAUCGGCUGGGCUACGUACUUGUUUCCUGCGGCAAGUUGCAUUCUUUCCGUCCUCACCGUGGCGUACUUUUAUCCUGAGACGAAAGGCGUGGAGCUUGAAAAUAUCGACCAGUUGUUUGACGAGUAUUAUGGACGAGUCACAUACAAGCGUGUGGGCGAGCAUGAACUCGACGAGCUUGAUUACGAGGCGCCAUAA